AUGUGCUACACCCUAACCUUCCCCUCCCUCCCCUCCCUCUGCCAUGCAGCCCCCAAGCACCUCGUCAAUCUGACGAUGUACUUCAUCUGCGACGAGAUCACCAAUAAUCCGCAAUGGGGAAUGGCGCAUUGCAGGGCUGAGGAUUGUGUUCCGUAUGGGAUUUUUGGGGGUUAUCGGUCGAAGGGCGAGUGUCCGCAUUGUAUUGGGGGGAGGGUGCUUUUUUUCAUGGAGAGUGGUGAUUAUCAGGGUGUUAGUGGAAGAGAGUCGGAGGGAUCUGAGGAUGGUAUCUACGAGCAGGAAUCUGGAGAGUCUGGACAGGAGAGCUGGGCUUUUUUCUAGCAUUUCUCCGUUUGUCUUGGCUUGUCUCAUGCCUUGAAAAGUUGCGGUUGGGGUCGUUUGUUGGUGUGCUUUUCUUUCGACUUGGGAUUCCUAAC